AUGAAUUAAUUAUAAUUAUCAUAAGCAUAGUCACCAAGAGAAAGUAAUUUUGAUUAUGAUGAAUAACCUCAAACAUAAUCUAUUUAGUUAAUUGAGAAUAAAGCAGCACUAUCAAUUAUCACUAAUGUAUUCAAAUUCAUAUAAAGAAUUUAGAUAUAAAUUUUAGUAGCUAUAUUUUAAAUAUUGUUAAUACUUUUUAAUUCAUAUAUCGCCUUUGAUUUAAGCUAUAAGAUAUCCCUUCUAUAUAUAACAAUUUUACAUUUCCUAUAAAUCAUUAGGAUUGGAGUUAAUAAUAAUAAGUAAAAUUUUAACAAAUGAAAUUUGUUUAGAAAAAUAUAAAAUAAUCAAUAUUGUUGCGUUUAGAUAUUUUGGGGAGUUCUCUCCAUUUCCUAUUAUGUACUAAAUUCUAUAAGCUUUAUAGGGAUGUUUAAUUUAUUUCUUAGAAAAUAAAGAUUUUCCAAUUCAGUAUCCAAUAUUAAUGUAUUUGAUUUUCACUCUUACUUGGUUUGUUAUGACACUAAAUAAUUAUUUAAAAAAUAAAAACGAUAAAAGCUUUAUAUUAAUAGUAACAUUUUAGAAUUAAUAUUAGUUGACAGUUUUAUUUAGAUUUUUUUUUGUUCUCUAAUUAAUGAUGAUUAAUUUAAAAUAAAUUUAAUGGAUAGAUUGGGAAUGGAUUUAUAUAUUUACAAUACUUUGGAUGUUCUUAUCUAUAAUUUGCAUAUUUUAGACUAUUUUUUUGUUUGAUUUCAUUUGUAAAGCAGCAUCAUUCUUGCAAGAAAGAGAUCCAAUUAAUAGGGAAGCAUUUAAUCAGUAGAGUAUACAUAUUGAGUAGGUUUAGUUAUAGGAUCAUUAUGGAUUAAUUUACUAAUCUUAUGCAUCUCAGGACUUCCCACAUUUAGUAUGAUUUGCUAUACAAUUAAAUUAUCUACUGGAAAAAAUAGUUAUAAUGCACUUUCUAUAACUUUAUCUGUUAUAUAUUCAUUAGUUUUUAUUGUCUAUACAUUGUAUUAUCGAAUGUCAUUAAGGUUUAUAUAUUAUUUAUUAUUAAAGUUAAUUUGUAUCUCAAAUCCAACAAUCAAGAGUAGCAGAAAGUAAUAUAGAUAUUAAUACUGAUAAUUAAUAAAGAUAUCAAUUGAAUUCUCCAAGUUCAAAACAUAAACAUCAUUUAAUAAAAAGUAAAGAAUAAAUCUUAACUUAAUUACCUUAAUAUUUGGUAUUUAUUUUAUUUUUAAGAUCAGAUUAGAUUAUCCCAAACUUACUUUUUGCCAGCAAAUGAUAAUGAUAUUGCAUCAUAAGCAAAAAAACCAUAAUAAUUUUAAUUUGAAUAAUAACAUAUUAAAAGGAACAAAACUGAUCAAGACUAACCAAAAUUUAGUAAUCGUAAUUCUCUUACUGAAAUUAAUUCUGAUAAAGAUACAUAAUGCUUUAAUUGUUAUUAAAAUGAAAGCUGUGCAGUUUAUAUGCCUUGUGGACAUGGUGGAUUAUGUAUUAAAUGUGCCACAGAAUGGUUCAAUGAAAAAUAAGAGUGUUUAAUUUGUAGAAAGGUAAUUAAUUAUAUUCUUAAUUUUUAUUUAGCCUGUUGAAUCUGUUGUACAAAUUUCUUAGUCUGAAUAAAAUAAAGUAUAGGUGAUAGAUGUUUUAGCAUUUUGA